AUGCCUGGCCCCCUCCCAUUCGCCUACAGUCUAAAAGAGCUGGAAUACGGCUGCGCAGUACCCACGACGGAAGAAAACUCUUCCCCGAACACAGAAAUGGAUUCAAGCAACCCCUCAUACCUCAUUAUUGGUGCUGGAGUCUUUGGCGUCUCAACAGCGUACCAUCUUAUUCAGAAAUAUCCCAAUGCCUCAAUCACACUCGUUGACAGGGAUGCGUAUGAUGCGGAGUCUCGAGUAGCUGCAUCAUGGGACUGGAAUAAAGUUGUCCGUGCUGACUAUGACGAUAAGGUGUAUUGCAAGAUAGCUCUUGAGGCACAGGAUAUCUUCAAGACUGAUCCGCUUUGGCAACCGCAUUUUCAUCAGACGGGUGUUUAUUGGACGUGUCGGAGCGAUUAUGCUCAGAAUGUCAUUACCAAUCACAAGGAGCUUGGAAGGAAUGAUGAUAUCAUUGCUUUGCCUGUUUCCGAGGCACGGAAGCUUUACGGUGGCAUUUUUGAUAAUGCGGACUAUACAGGCGUGAAGGAGGUGUUGAUUAACCGGGCUAGUGGCUGGGCUGCUGCUGGUGAUUCACUUCGAGCUGUGACGAAGCGCUGUCUUGAAUUGGGUGUGAAGUAUGUUACUGCGGAGGUUGCUUCUUUGGAAUUCAAUCGUCAGGGAUCAUGUAUUGGUGCGAAGACAAAGGCUGGUGCUAUUAUAUCAGCGAAGCAGACUAUUAUUGCUGCUGGUGCGUUCACGCCUACUUUGUUGGAGUGGAGUGCGGCUAAGAGUGGUAAUCUUGGUUUGCGGGCUGGCGAGCGUAUUCUAGCUGCUGGUAUCACAACUGGAAUGGCGCAGCUUAAGGAGGAUCAGUAUGAGAAGUACAAGGAUAUGCCUGUUGGCUUUCAGGGUUAUACACCCGACGAGGGCAAACCUUUUAUCGGCAGUCUCCCUCCUACCAAGGAUGGAGAGAUGAAGUGGUGGGGAUCCAAGAUCUUCACAAACACCCGCGAAGUUCUCCCUGGUCGAUACAUCUCUUCUCCUCCACCAACACACGACUACAACCAAUGGAAGGUUCCUGGCCCAUUAAAGCAGGAUAUUGUCGAAGCCAGAAAUUUGUGGUACGGGCCUGAAAGCGCAACUUGGGAUAUGACAAAACACCGCAUCUGCUGGGAUGCUUUUACCACAACCUCCGACUUUAUUAUUUCUCCACACUCCGCCUCGAAGGGUCUGUUCGUCGCGACUUGCGGCUCAUUCCACGGAUACAAGUUCUUCCCCGUGCUUGGCAAGUAUGUCACUCAGAUGCUGGAGGGCGAACUAGAGCCUGAACUGGUGGAGAAGUGGGCAUGGGAUCGUCAAAGACCUGACUCCUCUGAGAACGUGGAGUACCCCAACUCUGAGAUGAAGCAUCUGUUACAGCCUACUGCUAAGCUGUAG